AUGUCCUUGCUGUACAAAACGAUAACCCGAGCGACGAUACCACCGUUUCCCAUAAUUCCGCGCGACGUAGACCCUUCCGAUGUUAUCGUCGAUAACCACGAUAUUAGCGCCAUAAUUGUGGCAUCCGUGGUCCCAAUAACCAUCAUAUCUACGUUAUUUGCGUUUGCGCGGCUGUACGUCAAGGGAUGGAUCCAGCACCGCGUUCAAUAUGACGACGGGAUUCUCCUGGCAGCGGUGGUAGCAGGGUGGACGGCAACUGGAACGACGCUCAAGGCUGUCGCGCUCGGCAACGGGAAACACGUCAAUGUGCUCACCGAUGAGCAGAAGGAAGAGACGCUGAAGUGGACGGUAUUAUCGUUUGGUUUUGGGAUCAUUGCGCUCGCUUUGCCAAAGCUCGCAGUGGUGGCGCUCAUGAACCGACUUCUCAAUCCUCGACGACUUCACCGAGUUUUCCUGUGGGCAUUGGGGUUGCUGUGCUGCGUGGGACUACUGGGAAAUGUGAUUGGGCUCUUUGCGCAGUGUCCGCAAGAGGCUGUGGUGAACAUCACGUACACGAAAACCGCCUGUCUGGGUCCGGAGAGAGCGGUUGCAUAUUCAAUAUCUACAAGUGGCAUAUCAGCUGCUACAAAUGCCUAUCUCGCCAUCUAUGUGGCACUAUCUGUUCGAAGGUUGAAAAUUGCUCGAAGAAAGAGACUAGCUAUAACGAUUUCUCUUGUCCUGGGUCUGCUCGCCUUGUUUACCGCUUUAUUCAAGUGCACGAGGCUGAAAUCCCUUGGAAGCCCCGACUUCACUUACGACUCAGCAGAUCUUGUAAUAUGGACGAGUCUUGAAGCAGACGUCGUCAUUAUCGCCGCCUGUAUCCCAGCCUUACAACCUCUUGUGGAGCAUCUCUUUCCGGAACACUUUUCGACUCCGAUACCAUCUCCAACUAUCCCAGCUUCACCAACUUCUACGGCUUCAAGAAGAAAGCUUUGGCCUGGUCCUAUAUGUGGUGACCUCGAGGCCGCAAGAGAGUUCAGCCUCUCUCCCCAAGGUCCCGAGAUGAUUAUGGUUGAAAAGGAGUUUGAAAUUGCCUACAGCAGAACUACGGUGAAGAGAUCUUGCACGUCAGAUACUUGGGUUUCGGAGUUACCGGACGAGGAGAAGUUCCGGAUCGUGAAGGAUCAUGGUCCUGAUGGAUCAAUCACGACGACAGUGGUGGUGAGAUCUGCGACUCGCCCACCGGACCAUCCAGCAUUUCCGCCGCAAUGA